CAGAAAGAUAACCAGGACUCAAUGUUCAAAGCCAUUGAAGCUUUGUCCAAACGCCUCGACUCCCUGGGCACAAAUAUGGAAAGAAACCUGAAUUUAGUAAACGUGAAUGUUAUGAACAUGUCUGAAAGGACGACUGCUUUGGAAAUGAAAGUCAGGAAAAUUUGUCCUUUGUUGAAAAACCCGAAGAAUGGUUUUUCACACAGUCAAAAAAACUGCACGGGGGAGUUUAUUUCAUUCAGUUGUAAUCGUGGUUACUGGUUAAAUGGACCCUCAGAGCGUCUCUGCUUGAACAACGGUUCAUGGACGGGAGUGCAGCCAACUUGUAAAUUUGUCAGCCCGAACUACUCUUUGUUAUUUCCAUAUAAGAGUAAAAAUGAUUACGUAAUCAUCACGCAUGGAAUGCCAAGCCUUACAGCUGUGACAGUUUGUAUGUGGAUAAAGACUAAUGCUACAGGAAAGAAUGGAGCACUUCUCAGCUAUGCUGUGAGUGGAUCGGAUAACGAACUGUUCUUAAUAAUGCCCGGACAUUUUGGGUUCGGUGUGCGAUCAGUUGGGAGUGGUUACACCCGUGUAUCUGCCAACGAUGGAAAGUGGCAUCACAUCUGCGCAGCAUGGGAGAAUACCGCUGGAUCGUGGAAAUUGAUCAAGGAUGGUUAUUUGGGGGAUAAUGGUACAGGAUUAGAAAAAGGCCGAUUGAUCCGCGGAGGUGGACACCUUGUACUUGGACAGGAUCAAGACAAAUUGGGAGGAGGCUUUCAAGAACAUCAAAGUUUCAUUGGUGAAAUGGCAGAUGUCAAUAUCUGGAAUCACGUGAUUUCAGACCAAGAAAUCAGGCGCAUGUCCAAAUCGUGCUUGACAGGGACGGGAAAUUUGUUUCAGUGGAGCGACUUCAAAUAUCACCGAAUGGGCUCAGUGCAGAUAGUUCAGCCUUCUUGCUUAAAUUGA